CUAAGAUAUAAGGCAGACAUGGACAGCCAGCCACUUGUGUCACAGUCCAUUUACUAAGUCAAUCCAUCUUCUUUUCAUAUACUCGCAUUCAAAUUCUCUACCUUCCUUCUGAGUUUAUUUCUUUCCGACCACAAUAAUGUAAUAAACCAGUUAUCUUCUGAUCUCUCUGACUCAAUAUCUUCCAUUAGUUCAUGAUUCCAGGUGCACCAAAGCUCUAGUGGCAUGUAUAGUUCCGUAGAAUUCUUUAACUUAUGCAUAUUCUUUUUCAUCCUUCUGGUAGAAAAGUCCUCUGCUGCUCAUUACCAGUAUGAAGCAUGUGUUCCAAAAGCUUGUGGAAAUCUCAGCAUAAAGUUUCCAUUCCACAUUCGAGGUCUGCAAGAAUCCUAUUGUGGCCACCCUGGAUUUGAACUCACUUGCAGCAACUCUCCAGCGAUUCAUUUAACCGAAGAUGUCUAUGUGAUUGAUAACAUUCAGUAUGAGAAUCGAACUUUUCGGGUACACAACGAGGCAGUUUCAAAUGUCGGAGGUUGUCUACCACAGAUUAGAAAUAUAUCAGAAGACUCUCAGCUCGGUAUAGUUGAUACUUCAAGACUUCAUUUGCUAUCAAACUGCAAUAGCAAACUGCCUGAGGUACUUUCCAGCUACAAAGUUGAUUAUUGUGAUCCUUUUAAUAGAGAGGAUUUGGGUCUGGUAAUGUUAGGAGAGGAUAAAAACUUGAACAUUGCACUCCAAGAAUGUAACACAAAUGUCUUGGCACCUGUGGAAGUUGAUAAAAAUGGAGGAAACGGGAUUGUAGACUAUGAAGGGCUGUUGAGAAAGGGAUUUCUGUUGAACUGGAAAGUAGCUGACUGCAGCGAAUGUGAGCGAAGUGGUGGUCGUUGUGGCUUCAAUGAAACCGAUGAUCGCAUGCGGUGUUUUUGCCCUGAUAGUCCUCAUUUGGGGAAUUGUAAACCUCCAGAUCAAUGGGUUGAAGCUUUAGCCAUAGGCAACUCUGCGAUCACGCUCCACGACCACAACCUUGAACAUCUUUUGCGUGAUCGAAGUUGCGAAUUUUUCGACCAUGGUGUUAUGCCUCUUCCAAACUUUUCUUCCAUUUCAUAUUCGAUUGUGCCAAAUAUCACGCUCUACGGAUGCACUAAAAACCCCGAAACAAGCCAUAACCCAGCUGAUUAUUUCACCGGAUACAAACACUAUGACGAAUGUGUUGAGCCUGAUAAUGGCUUCACCAUUUACUAUCAAACUCCACAACAUCAUGCUCCAACAUUAUACCCUAAUAAAACCAUUCCGUCAUUCUGUACCAAUGUCACUCUUCCAAUGGUUUCCAGCGACAACUACUCGGAGAUCACCGACUUUUUUCAUUUAUUCACGGCUGAGUUCGAUCUUGAGUGGCAUCUGUCUGAAGAUUGCUAUACUUGUGGCGAUGAAGGACGCGAGUGUCUGGUUGACUGGAGGCUGCCCUGGGAUCCGCGUUGUGGCUAUUCUGGAAAAGGAACAAAGAAACAUUUGGUCAUUGUAGUGGCAACAGCUGCUUCUGCUGGUGGUCUUGGGAUUUUAGUAAUUCUUGCCUACUUCUUCCAAAGGAAGCAUUCAUUUCUGCGCAUUUGGAGUAAAAGGGAGAAGUUCCAAAAUGUUGAAGACUUUCUCAAGGACUAUGGAUCACUGGCACCCAAAAGGUACCACUACUCUGAGGUAAAGAAGAUGACUGACUCCUUCAAGAUCAAGCUAGGCCAAGGCGGCUAUGGGUGUGUGUACAAAGGAAAGUUGGAAGAUGGAAGUCCUGUGGCAGUAAAAGUUUUGAAGGAAUUGAAAGGAAGUGGAGAAGAAUUUGUUAACGAGGUUGCAAGUAUUAGCAGGACUUCCCACAUCAACGUUGUAACUCUAUUGGGCUUCUGUUUUCAGGGUCGCAAAAGAGCUCUCGUAUAUGAAUUCAUGCCUAAUGGAUCCCUUGAGAAAUUCAUUUAUGGUGGAAAAUCCUUGACAAACCGUCAACUGGGAUGGCAAAUUCUGUACAAAAUUGCAGUAGGCAUAGCUCGAGGACUGGAGUAUUUGCAUCGUGGUUGCAAUACCAGAAUACUCCAUUUUGACAUAAAGCCUCACAACAUCCUCCUAGAUGAAAACUUCUGUCCCAAAAUCUCUGAUUUUGGCCUUGCUAAACUCUGCCUUCAAAACGAGAGCAUCGUCUCAAUACUGGGCGCACGAGGGACAGUUGGAUAUAUUGCUCCUGAAGUUUUUUGCAAAAACAUUGGAGGGGUAUCUCAUAAGUCAGAUGUCUAUAGCUACGGGAUGAUGGUUUUCGAGAUGGUUGGUGGGAGAAAGAACAUUGAUGUUGGAGUAGUAGAUCAUAGCAGUGAAAUAUACUUUCCUCAUUGGAUUUAUGCAAGACUAGAUCGAGGUGAACAAGACCUCGGACUGCAUGGAAUUUCCAAUGAAGAGGAGAACGAACUUGCGAGGAAAAUGAUAAUUGUAAGCUUGUGGUGCAUACAAACUGAUCCUGUCAACAGGCCAUCAAUGACUAAGGUUGUGGAGAUGUUAGAAGGGAACCUCCAGGCCUUGGAAACCCCUCCCAAACCUUUCUUGUCUUCUCCAGCAAGAGCAUCAGAUGAUUCUUCAACAAUAUACACGUCUGGAACAGUCUCAUAAUUUUUUGUAAUAUUAGCUUUUUCACCAAAAGAUGUAGUGGACUCGUGUUUCUGCUAAAAUUCCUCAGCGUAAUUUUCAAUCCGAAAGCAGGAGCUCCCGCUUCACGCCUCUAACGGCGAGUAAACGAAGACGCUAAGCUUCUAUAGAUGUAAAAGCCACGUUUUUAUGAUUUACUUGUUUCAGACUUCUAGAGGUGCCUGAAAACUUGAUUCUUGAUUUUACAAGUUUGCGCCUUCUCUAUUUGGUUAAAAAAACUUGAUGGUUCUUUUUCCUUA